UCGUUGAAUUUACAGACACCAACGAGGUGGAGCUUGUCCCCGUGUCGCGGUUAGUGAUGUACGGGAGUGCUUCUAGAAUAAUUUCAGAUCUACUUCAAAGGAAAAAGGCAGUUUUGGUAGGAUAUGCUGCUGAGCUUUACGAAGUAAGACAUUUUUUUUGAGAAUUAUGUACCAAACCAUAUGAUGAUACUGACACAGAGAAUGAAAGUGAUUUUGCAUUGCACCCAUGAUCACUAAAGAAAAAAUCCCGAAAACUUUGCAAACAGUACCCUGCUGCCCAUAAAGUGUCUCAAGAUUUCAUAUCCUCCGGAAAUUCCAAGGCCAUCCACCAGCAGUCCAGGAUGAAGAUGGGGACCAAGCUGCCUCUCAAGCCUGCCAAAUACAGUAUUGAAGCAGGUUAAUGAAGAAAACGAGGCAAUGAAAACUGAUGAAAUCAGAAUCCGCAUGUUGGGGCAGGAUCAGCUGGAUGUGUCCUAGCCAACAGACUUUCAGAAGACUUGGUUUCUAGAGUGCUUAUUGUAGAAGCCGGGGGUUCCGAAGAAGAAAAUGCAGUUAUGCAUAUACCUGUUGCUAUAUGGAAAUUAAUAAAUUCAAAACAAGAUUGGGCAUUUAAAACCGUGCCCCAGAAAAAAUCCUCAAUGGGAUUAAAAGAACAGAGAAGUAUCUGGCCCAGAGGAAAGGUACUUGGUGGUACAAGCUCCAUCAGCCAUCUGCACUACAUUAGGGGGAGUCGCCAUGACUUUGACGGAUGGGCAAAAGAGGGGUGUCAGGGGUGGAGCUACAAAGAUGUCCUACCUUACUUUAUCAAAUCAGAGGACAUACAAAUAUCAGACCUUUCCAGCUCAAGUUACCAUGGACGAGGUGGGCCUGUUGUCGUGAGUUCUGGGGUAGCGACUUCUCUCAGUGACCGAGUGUUCAAACGGGGUAUGGAGGAGCUAGGAUACCAGACUCUGGACUGUAAUGGGGAGUCUCAAACAGGUUUCUGUUAUGGCCAGGAAACGGUCAGUAAGGGUGAGAGAUGGAGUACAGCCAAAGCUUUUCUAAGACCCGCCAUGAAUCGUCCUAAUCUCCACGUGUCUACAGACUCUUAUGUUACAAAGAUCCUGAGAGAAAACAAAAAAGCUGCUGGGAUUUCUUUCAUUAAAGACAAUGUUAAACACGUGGUCAAGGCCAACAAAGAAGUCAUCAUUUCUGGUGGUGCCGUUAACAGUCCCCAGCUUCUUAUGCUGUCAGGAAUCGGGCCAAAAGAACAUCUUUCAGCUUUAAAGAUUCCAGUAGAAGCAGACUUACCUGUAGGUAAUAACUUAGAGGACCAUACAAUGCUCUUCUUGUUGUUCCGAGACAACUCUUCCUCUGGUUCCAGUCCAUCAAUGUGGUCCCACUUGCAGUACCAACUAUUCAGAUCUGGACCCUUUGCAAAGACACAUUUAGAGGCAGAUGCAUUUUUUGGAAAUGACAAGAUUGAACCUCCUUACUUCCAAGUUACAUUUUAUAGUGUCCCUGUUGUAUCAUUUUUCGCACACGAGUUUCCUAAAAUGGAAAACUUGAAUCCAAAGAUAAGAGAUGGUGUUCAAAGUUCUUUAAAAAGAAUAUUAGAAGAAUCCGGAGGAAUAUUCUUUACUACAAACAUACUUCUUCAGCCAAAAAGUAGAGGAACAAUCCGACUCCAGAGUACAGACCCUUUUGAUCCGCCUCUCAUAGAUCCUAACUAUCUGGAUCACCCGGAUGAUAUAACUAAUUUCUUAAAAGGAAUACAGAAAAUGAUGCGAUUAGCCAACACCACGGCGUUUAGAUCCGUGGGUGCCUCGCCAUCUGACCCUUACCAAGAGUACUACCCACCCUGUAACUCCCUGCCCUACCCUUCUGAUGAGUACUGGAUAUGUAGAUUAAGACAUUAUAUGAACACUCUCUACCAUCCGACUUCUACGUGCAGAAUGGGAAAUAACAACGACGACACUGCCGUAGUCGAUCCACAACUUAGAGUGAAAGGUAUCAGCAAUCUACGAGUUGUAGACGCAUCCGUUAUGCGCCAUGUCACUUCCGGAAAUACCAAUGCCCCCACCAUUAUGAUAGCAGAAAAAGCGGCAGAUUUGAUUCGGGGAAUAGACAGUGUUAAGGAUAUUCGAAACAAUACCGAAUAUUUAUAGCAAAGAUACUUGACCCAGGUUCGGUUCCUGCAAGAGAAUAUCUUAACUUUUAAAUUUUUACGAAAGUCUGGAAAUUGGUAAAAUCAGAGAUUUUUUCGAAAUUGUUUUUACCUGCAUGCAUGUAUUUAAAAAAUGUCUUUUGUACUCAUGAUAUGAUAUCAGAUUUUUAACAUAUACCAUAUUAAUAAAUUGCGUACUAUA